GACUAACUAAUAGACAUGUCACGACCCAUUGAACGGAUGCUGAAUAUCGUGCUCUUGGGGGACGAUUCCGUUGGAAAAACUUCUCUGAUAUAUCGAUAUAUCAACGAAGAAAAUUCUGGUAAAUGCGAAACAUGGAAUGGAACGGAUCUAUUUACAAAGGAAGUGAUUCUAAAUGACAGUUUGGUUUCCCUGAAGAUUUGGGAAUGGGGGCAUGAAGAAUUUAUAAAUACGAGCACGGCAUCCUCUAGAAGAAUCGAUUGCUGCAUUUUCGUCUUUGAUGUUACGAGUCGAAAAUCAUUCGAAAGUCUUAAUUCGUGGCGGGAGAAAUUUUUUUUUGCGGCAAAUGAAAACAACUCUAACGAAUUCCCAGUUGCUGUUGUGGGUACUAAAAUUGACUUGGAAAAUGAACGAAAAGUGUCAAAACAAGAGGCUCAAGAUUGGUGUAAAUCGUUCUCAAUUCCCUACUUUGAGUGCUCCUCGAAGGAUGACAUAAAUGUGCAACAGGUGUUUGAAGCGAUGACAGCCAAACUUGUAGACACCCAUAAGUUAUAAUUUGAAAUGUAUUCCAAAUUCCUUUGCAUUCAUUUUUAAUAAUAAAUAAUAAUAUGGAUUUCUUUAUUUAUCUGAUAUUACUUAGUA